AUAAGGGCCAGCAGGCAGCAGUCUCUUCCCACAGGGCUCUGGAAGGUGAGCCUGUCCUGUCUAGAGGAUGCUUAAGUGUGGACAAGAAGCCAGCUAACAUUAACUCUCCUGGAGGCUGCAAGCCCUGUGAGCUUGUGUUCCAGCAUUGCUCCCUCUCAGAGCUCAUUGGGUCUUGACUUUUCACCCAAGAGCCUUCACUUGGUACAUUUAUUUGGCUGAGAGACAUCCAUUGCUCCACUAGAUCAAAGAAAGAGGAAGUCUACCAUGGGGAAGGUGAGUAAAUAAGGGAUAAAGACAGCAGAUAUUCCAUAGCUGGUUUCUCUUCAGUUCUGAGAGCAGUUGGCUUCUAAUAAUUGAAAUAUACCUGUCCUCUUCUUUCCCAAUACUUUGGGAAAUUUUUAAGAGAAGACGAUUUCUUGAUUAAGGUCAGGGAUGUAUUCAACUGAGUUCCACUCACUCAUUGAAAUUAAUAGGCUCAUUAACUUCAGUGAGUCUAUUUUGAGGAGAACUAGCAUUGGAGGCAACCCUUAGGCUGCAAUCCUAAUCCCACUUCAAUAGGACUUACUUCUGAGUAGACGUGAGUCUUGCAGUCUUAGUUCUGUGGCAAACGGAAAAGUUAUUUCAUAUGGAGAUGUAAGAGAUUAAAUUCUUCUGCAUCUUUGUGUAGAACUUUAACCUUUAUAAUUGGAUGGGAGGAGAGGAACAGGUUUCUGUGUGUUUGUAAUUUACUACACAUACACAGGAUUCUUAGUGAAUUUCUAUCAAAGAUUGCUGAUCAGGCUGAUAUCAGUUUAGCACCAGAAACCCUACAAAAUCUGGUGUUCUCAAGCUGUUCACCUGCUUGCCCAGUAUUUUGUAUUCUGACUAGCAAGUGGCUUUCCAGGACAGAUGCAUUUCACAUCACCUGACUCUCUUAACUGGAGGGGUUAAGGAUUGGCCAUGGGAUCUGGAAAGCACAUGUUCAGAUGUUGAGCUUUGGUCCUUUUCCUGAGGUCACUAGGUCUUACUUCUGAGUAAAUCUAUAUGAUUCUGCUGCAUGUCGCAUUCCAAAACCAAGAGUGCUUAAACUGAUUUGUUUUCCCCAGCAACAAUCAAGCUAUCAGAAAUGUGAAUGAGGUGUCAAGUUAAAAGAAUCCUCAUGAAUUAUUCCAGAGAUUAAAAUACCAAAUAGGGUUUAAAGGGCCAUUCAGCUGAGUUGAUCAAUUGCAAAAAAAGAGAGAGCCCACCUUAAUACAGUGGUACCUUGGGUUAAUAACUUAAUUUGUUCCGGAGGUCCAUUCUUAACCUGAAACUGUUCUUAACCUGAAGCACCACUUUAGCUAAUGGGGCCUCCUGCUGUUGCCGCGCCACUGCUGCGCAAUUUCUGUUCUCAUCCUGAAGCAAAGUUCUUAACCCGAGGUAAUAUUUCUGGGUUAGCGGAGUCUGUAACCUGAAGCAUAUGUAACCCGAGGUACCACUGUAGUGGGAAAUAUCCCACAGUGCACAAGGUUGUUGAUAUCUAUCCCAGGCAUCCUUGAUCUCGGCCCUCCAGAUGUUUUGAGACUACAAUCAUCCCUACAUGACCACUGGUCCUGCUAGCUAAGGAUCAUGGGAGUUGUAGGCCAAAAACAUUUGGAGGGCCGAGUUUGAGGAAGCCUGUUCUAUCCUCUGCUAACUAAAUAUCAAAAUGGCACCCACAGUAUACCAGGAGCUGUAGAACAUAGAACUGGUGCUGUCCAAAAUCAGCAAGUCUGCAAACUUUAUUCUGCAGGCAAGAUGGAAAGAGUCAGAAAGCAACAGAAAUAGAUGAGAGUCAAGUGGCUGGGAAGGAGCAGCACCAGAAAAUUACUUUGAAAUGAUGGAAAUAGGAUGGCAGUUAAGGGUAAACAGAUACCGAUGUUUUUGCUGGUUUCUGGAAUGCCAAGAAAACCCAAACAGAAUAAUUUUACUUGCAUAAAUCGAAUUACUUGUGUAAUUCUUGCAGUCAUUUUAGUUCCAAUUUGGUAGAGAAUCAAUCCUGAGUAUUAGAGCCUUUUCAUACCUCAGUUUAAUGUGGAUUGUGAACUCUUUGUGUCUGCUUAAAUUUCCCUUAACGCAUGGGGCGUUCUCCUCCAACUACUUCUACCCCACACUUCCUCCUCCCUAGAUCUGGAGAUUCCCCAUGCAAAUUUUGUAGCUCUCGUAUUCAGUUUUUAAAGCAUAGAGAAUCUCUGGAAUUAAGAGGAGGAAAAAGUAUGGGCCACCAGUAGUUGGAGAAGAAUGCCACUUGGAUGAGGGGGAAUUGAAGGAGGGGCUCACAAAGCACAAUAAGCCCAGGUAUGAGUGGGCCCUAAGUUUAUAAAGCAAUCAGGACAAGUCUAGCUGAUAGACACAUAGGUUUGGGAAAACAAAAACCAAUUCGAUUUAUAUUUUAAUAUUGUUACUAAAAGUAUGUUAACCAAGUUAUCUGAAGACAUUGAAGUGCACACAUGUUCUGAGCUCAGCUCUGUGCCAAUAAGCAAGCUAUGACCUGAUCCUCAAUCACCAGGGGUAUGACUAUGCCUUACAAACUCAGUAAUGUAAUCCUCAAAGAAUCUGCUAAGGAAUGGGGUCAGCCAAUAAGCUGCCUAUUCUACAGAACAGCAUGCAGUUUAUGGGUCAAUUAUGAUCUGGAAAGCUAUGUAUAUAAAAGUUGAUGAGCUGAGAUGAAAACAGGAAGCCAGUCUUUGGAGCAGGGCAAGCUAUUGGAAAAGAGGUAACAGAGAACAAUGGCAUAUCUAUACAUCCAGAUUAAUUGGAAUGGGUGGGGCAAUGUCCAUUGCAGAAUAGAAUGGGUGGGGCAACUACCAAUAGCUUGUGUAGAUUGACAAGAAGGGUUGGGUCAAUGGCUCAGUCAGGAGUUAUCUGGAAGAGGUAAUACUAAGAAGUAGCCAAGAUUUGUGAUUUGAAACAACAAUGUUGUGGGAAACGCACACACAUUGCAGCCUAUUCUAUUGGCUACCAAUACAUGCCUCUUUCAAGACUGAUUUCAGACAAAGAAGGGAAGCUUGUGGGUGCCAGGGAAGGCAUCUGUAGGUGAAGGGGCACCACAUUGGUGACACCCCCCCCAAACUAUCAUAUGUAAUAAUGUCUACACUGUUGGUCAUAGACAUUUUCUACUUUAAAACUAAACAAAGCAUCCCCUCUGGAAUCUGACUCUCUGAAUUUCUCACUGAGAUAGGGGUCAGCAUUAUGAUAAUUUUAAAAUCUCAUGUCACUCAUUAUUUAUGGCUAAACAUAUCCAAAGUAUUAAGCAUUGCUUAUUGACUCUGUGGAAUAAGUUCAAUUCUAAUAUAGAUGACUUCUUCUUCAAUUUGGACCAUUUCUUAUUUCAGGCUCUGCAGAAUAUUUGUAAGGUUGUGUGCGUGUUUAUUUGAGAGGGAGGAAGACAUGCGACAGUGAUGGUUAGCUUACUGGGAACUAAUGAGAAUAUCAUUUAGAAAGCAACAAUCUGAAAAGGUUUUUUUGUGUUUUGUUUUUUUAAAAAAGAGAUUAUUAAAAACAUGUUGUCCCAAACACUCUCUGGAUAUUAAGGAGCCAAAUUACCUGGUCUUUUCUUCAGAGAGGCACCAAUGCCUUAGGAAUGUAUCACAAUUCCAUUUUGAUUUCUGAACAUAUGCAUGGCUUGCCACAGCUUUUAUUUCCUAACCUUUGUUCUUCCUUUUCUACCCCCCUAGCUUACUAAUGUGUGCAUUGAUAAAACAUAGCGCCAAAGAUCAUAUUGAUGCACCCAAUGGGGCUCAUCUGAGUGCAUGCACUAUGUUUCAUCACAUGUUCACUUGUGCAUAUCAGUAAGGCAGAUAAUAAAAAGGCUGACAGUGAAAAGUUUCAGCUUAACUGCACAUUCCAGAAUUAAUUUUAGAAAUGCUCCAUGUUAAAUCAGAAGGGAGGUUGAAACACUGGAGUGGAAUUGUACCACUUGCCCUGCUCCCUGUCUGUUGGGUAUUUCUGCUGCCCCCUUAUGACAAACCCAUAAUGCUAACCCAACCCAUCUCUGCUCAUUUGCAUUUCAGAAAAAGCUUGACAUCUACUCUAUUGAGAUCAGUGGAGAAAAGGAUUUGGAAAAAGCAGACAAAGGAGAUGAAAAGUACAAAGAUUUGAAAGGGAAUAAGAAAAAGAAGAACACUGAGGACCUGAAAAAAGAGUUGGACUUGGUAAGUGACUUCAGGCUGCUUCAUACUUCCUUGUUAAGCUGUCCUGGGACAGAGCAGAUAGGCUGAAACCAAAGUCCUAAUCAAUAGUUUUCUUGGGGAAAUUGGGACAAAUUGUAGUGCAGAUCUCUCAGUCUUGAAUGGGAAAUCGUUUAAUAACCUUUGUAUAAUACAUGCUCCAAUGGCCAACAAAGGCACACUGUUUUGUAUUGCUCUACCAGCAGUGCAUUUAAUCUUUCAACACUGAUUUUAUGAACACUGACUAAUUGCAUUUCAAUUAGGUAGGCAAAUGUGGGUCAUUACCCUUCUUUUAUUAAGCUGCCACCUCCAGCCAGCUGGAGGAUCCUGGAGUUUUAGGGAUCCACUCCCUUGCUCUGAAGCUAUGUUGAAAAGGAGAAGAACAGUGGCCCAGUGAAAAAGGAAUCAGUAUGACAAGGAAUGGGCCACUCAGCUAGAACAGACAAAAGCCCCUUCCUGCCCAGACAACAUUCAUGUUAGAUCUGCAUAUCAGGAAAGGGUGCAGUGGCCCUCUCAGUACAAUAUCAUGGAGUUAUGUAAAUGCAAAUAGAUGUAAGACGUCAGUCAGUCAAGGAACUGUCUUGUUUGUCUCUGAAAAAGCUGUGCAAUCCCUCCUCCUGCUAUGGAGAAAUUAUCAGUGGAAUCUCUGCUUUUCUUCUUCCUUCAUGCCAAGUCCCGUCUUGUUAAGCUACACCCAAGAUUUAAUCAGAAGGCCAAUACCAUUUGCUUGAAAAGUGAAGCAAGUCGGAAGAGAUGUCAGUUCUUGGUUUCAGUUCUCCUGACUUUUCAUACUAAUGCUUUGAACCUCUUAUUUAUCAGAAGAGGGUGAAUGCCAUGUCAAACUGAGUAACAACAUACGUGAUUCUUACCCUGACCCUUAACUCCUGAUGCACCAGUGCCAAAGUUCUUCCAUUACAAGUACAUACCUGUGUGAAACAUUUUCAUUGUGCUUGUGUCAAUCCAUGUGAUGCUGUAAGUUUCACUGCAGUGGGGGGCGGGAUGUGGGUAUGAUUAUGUACCUCUAGUGUAGCAUCUGCUGUGAUUUGUAAGCACUGGUUCUCCCCCAGUCAUGCUAAAUGCCAUUUGGGAAAGGGCCAUAGCUCAGUGGUGGAGCAUGUGUUUUGCAUGCAAAAGACCCUAAGCCCAAUUCACAGCAUCUCCAAGUAGGGCUGGGAAUGUCCCCUUGCUUGAAACCCAGGAGAACCCCUGCUAGUGAGUGCAGACAGUGCUGAACUAGAUGAACUAGAUCUGACUCGGUGUAAGGCAGCUUUCUAAUUUCAUCUCUGCAUAUCUUAGGGAUUAGUCAUGCGAUCUGAAUGAUGGGUUGAAGCACUGAGCAAUGACUUGCCCCACAGUUAAGUCAUAGCUAGCUUUAUUAAGAAGUCUUCCUUAAUCCCUGUGACACAUUAUGUUGUACAAAAACAAUGGAGGAGCACUCGGCUAGCUGCCUACAAAAAACAACAACAGCAGUGGCUCUCCUUCAGUGCUUUCCAAGAAAAGAUUGUACAAUCAGCUGUUUGAGAUGCUUAGAUAAAAAGAUAUCCUUUCAGAUUUGCUAAUCCAAUGGUUUUCCUUACAUUCCACAACUAACUAGAUGGCGUUAAAUCUUAAAGAUGCAAAUGGGGCCAUUGUCCUCAAAUGCAAUGCCUCUUUAAGCCAACAGGUUCACAUAGGUUUACAAGUAUGUAUUAAAAAAUCAAUCAAUCACAGAUUAACUACGGAUCUUCUUCUCUUGAUACAUCUGAACAGGAAGAGUGACAAGUUAUCAGCCAGCUCAUAUUGAGCAAGCAGUACGGCUAGACUUCCACUGAAUUUUUCCUAAAGCAAAACUCAAGAUGAACUCAAAGGUUGCUGCAUGGGCAAAAAGCACAGCAGAAUUUCAUAUUAAGCUGAAGAGUUUUAAUAAGACUAGAAAAAAUUAUUUGCUGGGUUUCAAAAAGCUUAAGCUGCACCCAGCGUCUGAAUGUUCCAAUGUGCAAAUACAGUUGGAGCGUGUUGACUGUGGCAUACAAUUUCUGAAAGCCCCGUGCUGUUCUUUAAAAAAGCAAAGCUUGUUAAUCUCUCUCUCUUUUUUUUGCUGCUUUAGGAUGAUCACAAACUCAGCAUUGAAGAACUAGAAGAUAAAUAUGGCACAAGCAUCACUAAAGUAAGUUAAUAUGGGCAAGAGGCAGCCAUUAACAACACACCCACAUAUAAGUAGGCAGCAAGCAUUAUAAUUCACUUAAUUCAAGCAUGUGCUGGAAACAGUAUUUGUGUUAUUUCUGGGAAGAGUAUUGGUGUGUUUGCACCGAUAGUAUUUGCACAGUUGCAUGCUUCAUGGGGUAUAUUGCAACCAUCAGCUGUAAUUAUCUGGUCUUAGUCUUCAGGAUGAAGCGGGGCAUAAAUUUAAGUAUACUUUAACAUUUAGACUGCUGGGUACAUCAACCAUUUUGUCAAGUUGGUUUUUUUUAAAUAAAUUAUGGGACUUUAAAUUCACUUUUGAACAUAGGCUGUGCUCUUUCAAGAUUUCUAAUUUAAACUAAGAAUGGACUGAAUGACCUAAUAAUGCCACCCCUUUUCAGUUCUGCUGGCACUCAUUCAAAUGCCCAUUUAGUACCUUUGUGUGUGUGUGUGUGUGUGUGUGUGUGUGUUAAUGAAGGCACAAAGAGUCUGUGUUUUGUCAGAAUUUAUACACAGAUGCUUUUUAUUUUCUGAAAAAUGUUGCAUUUUAUGCACACUUUUAAUGCAAAACACACAUUUCUUUGCUCCCUUUCCUGCAUUGCAAAAUCCGGGGAAGUAUGUAAUGUGUUUCCAAUGACAAGCAUGUUUGGGAGUGUCAGAUCUGCUGCAAAAAGUUGGCAGAGCAGAAGAUCCUCUUCCAUCCCUAAUCCCAACUAUGCGCUUUGUCUCUCCUACAGGGUCUUCCAAGCUCAAGAGCUGCAGAGGUUCUGGCCCGAGAUGGCCCCAAUGCACUUACUCCUCCUAAAUCUACUCCUGAAAUCAUCAAGUUUCUCAAGCAGAUGGUAGGAGGGUUUUCCAUCCUCUUGUGGAUUGGAGCUAUACUGUGCUGGAUUGCCUUCGGGAUUCAGUAUCUUCAUCAUGAUGCCGGGGCAUUUAACAAUGUAAGUAUUAUUGCAGGUUUAUUGUGCUUUUUGUAAUUCUCAUGGGUGUCAUCCAUGGUUCUCUUUACCCCCAAGUCAAGGAGCAUGGUACCCAAGGCCACUCAAGGAAUUUGGGCACCUGAGGCGGAAAUCCUACAAGUGCCAGACUUGGACCUGGGAGACCCUGGUUCAAAUGCUGACUCAGCCAUGAAGCUCAUUGGGUGACCUUGGCCCAAUCGCUUCCUCUCAGUCUAAGCUAUCUCACAGGGUUGCUGUGGGGAUUAAAUGAGGAGAAAGAGAGAGCCAUGUAUAUGCCACCUUGGAAAAAAAUGUGAAAAACCGAACAAACCAUAAUAAAUUAACAACUUACCGCCCCUCCAUGACACUUAAGUCUCAUUCCACCCAAUGGUAGGGGACCGUUCCUCCCCCCAAUGGAAAACCAUUGCAAAAAUUAAGAAAAAACACCCUUUCACAUUCCUGAUUAAAUAACUGUCUGAAAUUCUUAUAUAAGCUUUGGCAAUUGUAUGGACAAUUUCUAAACCAAUGUAUCUUGGUCAGAAUUGAAUGACCUGGUGCAGACCUUGAAAACCACCUGUUGUCAUUCAGCUAUAUGUUUCCUCCAUAUGUUUGUGCAAUAUGUCUUGCCUAUAAAUCUGAGGCAUUUCGCUGAUAAUAUGCUAGGCAUUGCUCUUCUCCUUGCUGUUUAAACAAGUUCAUUCACACAGUUUCUUGAGUGCAGUUACAAAAUUAUUUUGCACCAAGUGGGAAAUGGUAAAAGUGUUGUCGUUUUUAAGCUAACUUGAAUCAUCUUUUCACCAUUCAGCUCUACCUGGGAGUGGUCCUUGCGCUGGUGGUGGUCCUCACUGGGAUGUUUGCUUAUUAUCAAGAAGCUAAAAGCACGAACAUCAUGGCCAGCUUUGGUAAAAUGAUCCCACAGGUGAGUCUUCAGUAGUGCUCAGAAUAUCAGUGUAUUUAAAAACCAGGUAGUCAUUGUAAAGGGUAUUUGCCACCAUAUUAAAGAACAUACCAAUGUGCAGACAAAAUGGUAGAAUUAGGGUGGCCACAUUGCUUAAAGAGAGGAAAUGCAUGACCCCAACAAGGGGGACAAAAGAGAACACAGGUUUCCAUCAUAUACAUAUAGAUGAAAAAUUAGAAAGUGUCACCAUAAUUUUAAUGGGAAAACAAUACCAGCAUAGCGGCGAAAACCAUUGACUAGGUCCCCUGUGCGCCUGCUCAGCCUGCUGCUGUUCAGCUGCUAAAUGUCAAAGGGCACCUUCAAGCUCCACUCUUCCUUCCUGGAGUUUUUAAUCUUCAAACCUGACUUAGAUCAGACAGUCCAUCAAAUAGGAAAUGUCUUCUGGAUAGUCUUCCAUGCAGAAGACUUCAAUGUAAAGUAGGACAUAUAGGUUGGAAGCCAGCAUCACACUCUUCCUCUCGUGUUGUCAGCACAAAUAUUUCAGGUUGCCUAAUGGAAGGAUGUCCCCUCUCCUUCUUUUGUGGACUGCUCUGGACGUUCUCCAGACCCUCCCCCCCAGCUGUUUUUUGGGGGGGCAAAGUGGGGAGAGAAGCCCCAUUGCAUUUGGAGGAGUCUAUGUGCUGGCUCCUGCUAGCACAAUUGUUUAAGUGAAUCCUGCUCAUAGUUACCAUAUGCAGAUCUCCAAGUAGCUCAGACCACUGAAUAUAUUCCAGCAAUUGCAUGUGUACAAUAAUCAGUCUAAGAGUUCCACCUGACUUUAUCUGUUUCAUUUUGGUUGUUCUUACCAGCGAGCCCUUGUCCUCAGAGAUGCAGAGAAAAAAGACAUUUCGGCAGAAGAACUGGUGGUGGGCGACAUUGUGGAAAUCAAAGGUGGAGACAGGAUACCAGCCGACAUCCGGAUCAUCACCAGUCAGGGCUGUAAGGUAGGAACAAAACAAAACUCAGUUUUGAGCCAAAGAAAAGAGAAAGAGAAAACCCAGCCUCUUUCUACAGACCAGGGACAUGAAGAGGCAUGUUCAAAGAAAGGAUAACUCAACAGCUAAGUGAAAAAGAGUCUAAAAUUAGACACUCCUUUUGAAUUUGUAUGAGAAAUUGUCCUCCCACAAAGAGCUUGAUCAUUAAAAUUAUGGUAAUAAUCACUGCUUGUUGUAUGGGUUGUUUACGUAAUCUUGCAGUGAUUGUGAUAGCAGCAUCAUCAUUUACUUAAAGUUUGGUUUUCUUUACGUGUCAGUCAGUCAAUCCCAGGCAGAAUAAAUUAAAAGGGGGCAGCGGGAAAAGCUGCUGCAUAAUGAGUAAUGUAUUAUAUGCUUGCUAGUAUCCCCAUUUUGCAGUGAAUACACCUUAAUCUAACAAUGUUAGGUGAAUAGGAUGCGUGGCAAACACAUCUGGGAUUUCUUACCAGGUCAAUAAACCUAAAAUCAGUCUGUUCUUCAUGGAUGCAAAUUGUCUAAGAAUUAAUAAUUUGCAUAUUCAUCCUCAUGAGAAAAAGGUAUCAUGGAUGAGAUCCUGCAUGAGUCCCAGAACAAAGGGAUAAGGAUGAGAAAUACGUGGUCCUCCUGAUGUUGUUGGACUCUGACUCCCAUCAGCCAGUAUGGGAGUUGUAGUUCAGCAUCUGGAGGGUCACAGCUUCCUCACCUGUAAGUCUUUAAGUGACUUGUUGCAGCUGAACUCUAUUGGUGAUUCAGUCAUCAUAAGUGUCCCUGUUGCCUUUGCAGUGAUGAUAGCCAUGCACACUACCACUAUUAUUAUUAUUAUUAUUUGUUGUUGUUUAGUCGUUUAGUCGUGUCUGACUCUUCGUGACCCCAUGGACCAGAGCACGCCAGGCACUCCUAUCUUCCACUGCCUCCCGCAAUCUGGUCAAAAUUAUUAUUAUUAUUAUUACUACAAUAAUAAUAAUGUGAUAAUGUGAAUGUUUGUGACUGAUCCACAGGUGGAUAAUUCUUCCCUCACUGGAGAGUCAGAGCCACAAUCUCGCUCCUGUGAAUACACUCAUGAAAACCCACUGGAGACCAAAAACAUUGCUUUCUAUUCCACAACCUGCUUGGAAGGUACGUAUUUAAGUGGCUCCCCCAGUGGUGCCAUUCCAUCCAAAUUCCACAUAUUUUGUGCCUAUGUAAAAGCUACUUCAGCAGGAGUUAACAUCAAUAUUUUCUCAUUCCUUCUGAUAUUCCACCAUUUAGUCCUCAUCACCAUAUGAAACUAAGCCCAAUUGUGUAUAUUGCAAAGCAUGGGCAUACUCUGUUAAGACCAUUUUCUUGACUUUCCUUUCUUGCCUCCCCAUUUGUUGAAUUUUAGAUUGUAAGAUCUCUGGGGAAGGGAGCAAGUUCAGGUUGACAUCCUGGAAAGAACUGUGUACAUUGAUGGUGCCCUAUUAAUACUAACAACAACAUGCUAACAUUACCCUCCAGCUAUGCAGUUAUGUGGAGCUGGUGUACAACGUAAAAACAUUGUCUUGGGUCCUAACAUUGGCUUAUCCAUUCAAACCUGCAAUUCAAACCCCACAACCAUAUCCUACACCAAUCAUCUCCUGGUCUCCUAAAGGAAAUUCCCUGCAGAGGGAAUGGUGAGGUGGGGAAGCCCUGCUCCAAUAACGUAAACUGUUCAUGGAAAGAAAAUUUGGAUUCAGGUCAAUGAUUUUAUUUUAAAAUAUGACACACACAUGCCCACAUUGUCUUUUUUAGUCAGAAAUCCAAGCAGCAUUUGACCUGCCCAAAGAAAAAAAGGUAUAUUUUUGACUGAACUAAGACAUCAAGGAGAGUAGAAGACGGGAUUAUCAAAAAGAGUCAGGAGUAUUAAUUGGAAAGUUUGGGGGGUACCAUUAAAUUUUUGUUUUUUUUUUAAAUGGCAUUGGUGUUCAAAUGAAUAAAAAUUAUUUUGUUUGUUGAUAAUCAAUAUUUUACUUUCUCCUUAGGAACUGCUACUGGCAUGGUCAUCAACACAGGUGACAACACCAUCAUUGGACGCAUUGCUUCGCUGGCUUCUGGUGUUGGGAAUGAGAAGACGCCUAUUGCUAUCGAGAUAGAGCACUUUGUCCAUAUUGUGGCUGCUGUUGCUAUAUCCAUAGGGGUGGUUUUCUUCAUCAUUUCCGUCUCCAUGAAGUACACUGUCAUGAAGGCCAUCAUCUUCCUCAUUGGCAUUAUUGUGGCCAAUGUGCCCGAGGGGCUGCUAGCCACAGUCACUGUAAGUACUGGCUCACAACAGCCACCAGUACCUUUGUAUUCAUGCAUAACAAUUCACGACAGUACAUGCUGCUGAAAUUGGGGUGCAUAGGACCUCUACAUCUCCAACACAUUAUGAAAAAUGGGUGCAUAAUUAUUAAUGGGCAAGGCUGUCACUAUCUAUUGGAACAAUGGUGGAGAGUGGCUUUGGGUUCCUGGAUAAAAACACCUCCAUUGUCUAAACCCACAACUUCUGCUGAGUCUCUUUGGUUAUAUAUUCAUCACCUCUCAAUGUUUUCAGCUAAUUUGUUGCAUUUCUUUGUUUUGUCUCUAUUUUAAUAUCCAUUCAAAAUACUUGUGAAUGCUUUUUUUUUCCUGGAUCUGCUAUUGAUGAAUCUUACUAGGAUACUGGAUUAGAUGGGCCGUUGGCCUGAUCCAGCAGGCUCUACUUAUGCUCUUUUGUGUUAUAUUAUGUACUUUUGCGUUAUAUUUUUCUGAUGGAUACUGUACAUGUGAGGAAAUCAUCUAGCAGUGUUAUUCAUGUAAGAGUGGGCCCCUUGGACAUACUAUUGUUACAUGAUAAGAGUGUAAGAAAAGCUCUGUUGAAUGAGGACCAUCUGGCCUAGUAUUCUGUUCUUACAGUGGCCAACCAGGUGCCCAUGGCAAGCCCAUAAGCAGGGCAUGAGUACAUUAGACCCUCCUGCUUGUUGACAUAAAAGCAGAUCAACACUUGCUACAUAAAAUGUCAGGUUCUGAUCUUCUCAUCCAUGUUGAGUCAUUCUGCAGAUGCCAGCAUUGCUGAACUGAUAUGUGCAUGGGUGUGAUCAAGAAUAAAAUGUGUACAGGUGGGAUUAGCAGGAAGAGAAGCCUACCAUCAUCCUUUGUAUGGAGCUGUAUGAAAUGCUUCACUGCUUUUAUUUAUUUCAACUAUUAAAGUGCUGUGCUUUCUCCCACAUUUAUAGGUAGCUUUGUCCUUAACUGCGAAGAGGAUGGCCAAGAAGAAUUGUCUGGUAAAGAACCUGGAAGCUGUUGAGACACUGGGCUCUACCUCUGUCAUCUGCUCUGACAAGACCGGGACCCUUACGCAGAACAGGAUGACAGUUGCCCACCUUUGGUUUGACAAUGAGAUCUUCUCCGCUGACACCAGUGAAAAUCAAACAAGUAAAUAAUCAGUCAAGAGGCUUUGGAAUGGGAGGAGUAACAACAUGAUUGCUUCCUAUUUUAGAAUGUGGGGCAACUGUCUGCUGAAACGUUAUAUAAUUUUUACCACUUUCUUUCCAGCCCAGACUUUUGACCAAACAUCUGGCACAUGGACGGCGUUGUCAAGGAUUGUAGCCCUUUGCAAUCGGGCAGAAUUCAGACCAGGACAGGACAGUGAACCUAUCAUGAAGGUAUUUACUACUUUAAUGAGAGCUGCUUUCUUAAGAGGAUUGUCUGAUGGGUUUCCAGGGGUUUCAUCUGGAAACAGAUGUUUUAUUGUAAGUUGCAUAUAGCAUCUGCCCUGUUCUGUUUCCUUCUAAAGUGACAGAAAUAGGUAUGGUGACACCACUAUUGGGAGAAAACAGGCUAGCACAAGAACUUUCAGGCAUUUAAUUUACAAGCAAUAAACAGGCCUUCGGUCCAAGCAAACAUACCACAUUGCACUCUCAUUCUUUAUGUGUGAUUUCAAUAAUGUAAACAGCUGGAUCAAAAGCAUUUUCUCUAUUUUAAAAACAGUUCAUACUCCAGUCAAAGGUCUGAGAUGAGAAUUCUCAUACAAUGCAUUUGUUGAGAUAAUUAAUCUACAGGUAGAGCAUGAGGACUCAACAAUCAAGUUAUUUUAUUUUACUGACAACAAUUAGUUUUAAACCAAGAACAUAAAUACUUAGUGUCAUAUUGCUCCAGAAGAUCCAUAAAAAGAUUAGAAAUUUCUCUACUAUAACAACAAUAUUAAGAGACAAUUUAGAAUACAUUACAGCUAUAGAUCUCUCAUGGAUUACAGCCACUAACUCACUCUCUUCUGAGAUUCUCAAGAAUCUCAGCUUUUAUUUGCAUGCAUGAGUCCCUGAGGAGAAGGAUGAUUAUAGCAAUCUUGCCCAAUUAUUGUUCUUUUUAUGUAAAUAUGAUAGUACUUUGCUACAAUGCUGUAGAAUGCAAUCAGAGGAGCAAGCUAUAUAACACAAAGUGACCUAAGUAAUGUCCACUGGUUAGUUGAAUGACACUGAGCAACACUUUUGCUGAACUGAAUUUUCAAAAAUGCCCCCCAGAGAAUCGUGGUUGGAGAUGCCUCAGAAACAGCUCUGCUGAAGUUCUCCGAAGUUGUUAUGGGCAAUAUAAUGGACAUCCGGAAAAGAAAUAGGAAAGUGACUGAGAUUCCCUUUAAUUCUACUAACAAGUUUCAGGUAAGUUGUAUGUCUGAGAAGAGACUGAGCUCUUAAGAGCUGCUAAGAGAAAAUGUUGUGCCCCAUGAGCUAUCAAAAUAAAACCUGAAAACUGGAAGGACCAGUCUGAUGAAUUUGUGUCUGUGGUGGAAAAAAACAUUGCUGCAAUACUCAAGUAGAAGUGUGUUAUUAAUUUCACAUAAUUCAGUGUAUGUUCAAAAAUAAGAUGUAAACUCCAGUGGCAACCCCAGGGGCUAAUCAGCACAAAAUCUCUUGUUCUUCUGAAGUGGUUUUUUUUGUGAUUGCUAUUCUACACAGCAGAAAUAACAACUGCCUUGAACAUAUGCAACAUUGUGAAGAUGGGCCAUAUUUAAACAACUGUAGUUUAAAGCUUGGUAGAAUAUUUACCAUAGGAAGGCUGUCAUAGACUAGGGCUAAAUUCAUAUGGGAGUUUAUUUCAUUUCCCUGAUGUUACCUUAACUGUUAAUUUCUGCAUUAAGUUUGGGCUUUCGCGACAUAAAGGCAUUUCAAGAAAUAUAGCAGAAUAUAGCUCAAGUUGAGCACUCACUGCCAUGUUAAAUGCUUCCAGAAAAAAACUGAUUUGGAAAUAACAUGGAGUUGAGCACGAAACUAGUGCUAUAUUCCACAGUUUUCCUGGAAGUGGCUUUAUGUUGUGUGAAAGCUCAAACAUACAGCAGAGAUUACCAGUAAGGGAAAUGUCAGGGAAACAGAAUAAAUUGCCAUGUGAACACAGUCUAGAAUUAUAUCUGACGGCCACCUUCGGUUAUCACAUCAGUACACCCCCCCCAUGCCAUUCUUCCUCUGGGAACAUUAAGUUCAAAAGGCAGGAUUAGAUCUAGGCACUUGUUUCAAUGUUUGCAUUUGCAUUGCGUUCAAGCUUUCCAUCCACGAGACCGACGACCCCAAUGAUAAACGCUUCCUGCUGGUGAUGAAAGGGGCACCUGAAAGGAUUCUGGAGAAGUGCAGCACCAUCAUGAUUAAUGGAAAAGAGGAGCCCCUGGAUGCAGAGAGAAAAGAGGCGUUCCAGACGGCUUACAUGGCGCUGGGAGGCAUGGGGGAGAGAGUCCUAGGUGAGCCGAACACUUGCAAAACAACAUGUGCAGAGAGCUAUGCAGCAGGCAAAGUGUUUAGUGCAACAAUCCGGGGGGUUGGGGGGUUGGAACUACAGUGAUACUAGAGAAGCAACCCCAACUCUUUGGCCAUUCUGCUUGGUGGCAUUUAGUUAUGAGAAUGUGCUAAAUGAGCAUGGGAAGUGAUACAUAAACUGUGGUUGGCGUGGUGCAUUUUCUUGAGUUUGAUACAGGGGUCAGCAAACUUUUAGCAGGGGGCCUGUCCACUGUCCCUCAGACCUUGUGGGGGGGCAGACUAUAUUUUGGAAAAAAAUAUGAAUGAAUUCCUAUGCCCCCAAAAUAACCCAGAGGUGCAUUUUAAAUAAAAGGACACAUUCUACUCAUGUAAAAACAUGCUGAUUCCCAGACCUUCCACAGGCUGGAUUUAGAAGGUGAUUGGGCCAGAUCCGGCCCCCUGGCCUUAGUUUGCCUACCCAUGGGGUAGGGACUAAAUCUGCUAUUUGUCCUCCUAGUGAUUGCUUCCUGAAGUGAAAGCUUAGAACCUAUACAUCUUCCUACUAUAAAUUCUAAUUAAUGGUUUUUCAUAUGCAUUCCUUGCAUGCAUUGCUGUGUUAGCUACUAUCCAUGACACAGUAAAUAAGAUAGCUAGCUAGGAAACACAAUGGCUUUAACUUGCUUUCUCAUCAGUAACUCCCAUUGUUUUGACAGCUGGCAAUCUAUUUAAAGAGACAGGAUAAUGAUCAUUUGAUGGUCAAUUAGACCUAAUAAAAUCCUUUAGUUAUCAUAGGAUGGUUUGUCCUUUCUCCCCUCUCGCUUCCUCUGCUUAAUUAUUUUGUUGUUGCUGUUUAUUAUUUUCAACUCUAGGCUUCUGUCACUUGUACCUGCCAGAGGAGGAAUUUCCAGACACCUAUCCAUUUGACACUGACUCCAUGAACUUCCCCACUUCCAAUCUUUGCUUUGUGGGGCUCUUGUCAAUGAUUGACCCCCCUCGAUCCACUGUGCCAGACGCUGUCAUCAAAUGUCGGAGUGCAGGGAUCAAGGUAGGCUUUGCAAAAACCACCACCGUUGGAAAUACUGGAUUGCCAAAAUGUCUGUGACACUUCCCCCCCAAUGCAGUGCUAUUUUUCUAGAAAUAGACUCAGGUGCUGGAACUUGCCAUGAACGCCUCCCUUGUUCUCUUAUAAUGGUAAUGGCACCCACCUGAGAGGUGCCAGAACUGAGUUCUGGUGAGUUUGUGCUAAAAAAGGCCCCACCCAAAUGUAUAGUAAGUUAAAAAGAAAUUAAGGAUGUAUGCAAUGUCAAUGCACAUUAGCAGAUAUAUGCAUACAUUUCUGAAAGAGAAUAUCCAUGCAAAAUCUUUAUGUACAAGCAGUGGGUAUAUUUCAUUCAGAUGUUUCUAUCUCUUCAUUGCUGGUCAUAGAAUUGCAUGUUGGAAGGGACUCUAAGGGCCAUCUAGUCCAACCCUCUGCAAUGCACACAGUUUUUAGGAGUGGUUAAAGAACCAUGGCAGAUGCUACAAGCCGUAUCUUUAAUUCGGCUCCUUCUGACAAUGAAUCCUGCUUAUUUGGCCUUUUUCCCCCUCAGGUGAUCAUGGUCACUGGUGAUCAUCCAAUCACAGCCAAAGCCAUUGCCAAAAGCGUAGGCAUCAUUUCAGCCACCAGCGAGACGGUGGAAGACAUUGCCCAGCGCCUCAAAAUUCCUGUGGAGCAGGUGAACAGAAGGUAAGGAUGGCAUAGACCCUCUCUGUCUUCAUACGUCACACUAUGUUCCUAUGGCCGUGGUGGUCGUCAACUUGAAUGGCUUUAAAAGAGAAUUGGAAAGGCUAUUGAUGGCUGCUAGUCACAAUGGCCAUGCCCUGCCUCCACAGCUGGGGGCAAUAAUGCUUCUGAAUACCAGUUGCUGAAGGGGAGAGGUGCUCUUGUGCUCAUGUCCUGCUUGAGAGUUUCCCACAGGCAUCUGGUUCGUCACUGUGUGAAAAGGAUGCUGGACUGGAUAGGUCACAUUCUUGAUCCAGCAGGCUCUUCCCAUGUUCUCAUGCUACUCUGUUUUUAAUGCACAGUUGAUGGUAUAACUCACAACAGGGGUGGGGAGCCUCAGACCUAAGGGUCAAACACAGCCAUUCAAGCCUGUCUAUGUGGUCCUCAGGACCAGACCUACCCACCACACCCUUCCCAGCCACACACACCCUCUCCCUGGACCAUGCCUCUCAUCUGCCCUGCUUUGCACCUCCAUUGAGUGUUUUUGCCCAUCUGGGAUGUGUUUGGUAAUGCUUCUUGCUUGGAUGGAGGGCAGAGAAGGGUGUGUGAAUAUGUAGAAGUAGACAUAUGUAGACUUGACAUUUGCUGCUCCACUCACUUUUGUCUCUGGCCCCACCCACCACUAGCAAGUGGCCCCUGAGAUGUUGCCUAGAAGGGAAAGUGGCCCUCAGGCUGAAAAAGGUUCCCCAUCCCAGACUUUGAACAAUCUAUCCACUUGUCCCAUUUGAAUACUCCCAGACCAGUCAGUGGCCACCUACUGUACCUCAUUUUUCAGGAGUGAGGUUUCCUUACUAUGCUGUGUUCUAACUUGAAUAAAUGAGCUUUUCGCUGUUCCCUAACACACCAGUUUAGAUUUAGUAAGAUAUGUACGCAUGCCAUUUUUUAACUCGGGGCUGCAGCAACUUUAAUUGAGAUUGCCUCUGGUUUUUGUAGCGAUGCCAGAGCUGCUGUAGUUAAUGGCAUGGAGCUGAAAGACAUGACUUCAGAACAGCUGGACGACAUCCUGUGCAACCACUCAGAGAUAGUCUUUGCCCGAACUUCACCCCAGCAGAAACUAAUUAUCGUGGAGGGCUGCCAAAGGCAGGUGAGUGACUCUGGCGAGAACAGAAGCUGUACUUUUGGUACCAAAAGGUUGCAUCUGCAUGAUCUUCCCCUGGAACACUUCUCAGUGGAAAACAUAUAUAACAACAAAAAAUUAGAAAAUACAGCUCCCUAAUUUCAAUCCUGCAUGGAAACAAACAAAGUCCUAUAUUUAAAAGGCACAAAUAUUUUUUCUCCAUUUUACCGUUCAUUAACACCCACAUCCAAAGUAAUAUUUAGCUCUCUAAAGGAUGAACAGUAGAAAAAAAGUGGGCUGUAUGCAUGCUCUAUAUUUAGUUACCAGAGCCUAUAAGCUCUUAGGCACAGUAUUAUUUAUAACGAGUCUCAAUGCACUAAGUCCCCCGAGAACAAGAUCCCCAGCAUUUGCCUUAAUCAGGUUUUCCGGGUUUUCUCUCUGCUUAAUUCAGCUCACGAUACUCUAAAUUCCCUUACACUUAGACGCUCUGACCUUUCCUAAUAAGGACGCUUGGUUGCAUAAAUCUCACCGAGCAGAUAUGGAUUUGGCCAAUCAGCAUAUUUAGCUUUCUGCAUAAAUCCAAUCUAUGCUAGCAAGAAGCAAAAUGCCACAGUAACAGAUUGGCAUUAAAAGAGCUGAAGGGAAGGGGAUCCCUUGAUACUGCAAAUUUUGUAGUAUCUGAAUUCUUGGUUAUCUGAAAUUCCCAAUGCUGCAAAUCAUGUCUUGACUGCAUAAUGUAAGCAAGCAAAUAAGCCUUGAUUCUCUGAAUAUAUUGGUUGUGCUCUGGAUGUCUGGACAGUUGAAAUUUUGCCCUGUACAAAUAUCCACAACCAAAUUGCAACAAGAAAUGGCACUAUUUCUCACAAAAGACAGAAUAGGAAUUGACAUCUGGCUUCAUUCCUGGAAGCAACACAGGCAGGAAUAAGAGAACUUUACAAGGCAAGGUCAGAGGGACGCUUGUGCAACUGGUAUUUAUAUUUUUGCUCAGUCGUUGGAAUGGCUGUGCCUUCUGAGCUGCCCACCCAGAUCCUUCCAUCAAGUUGUUUUUGAAAGAGCAACAUUAUUGUACAGAGUAACUGUACACAGACCUCAACACUGUAUUUAGGAAGUUCAACAUAGCAGAAGUCAAGCAAGGGCAGGGCUGUGGGCACAGUUUCUAUAACCUCCUGUGGUUCCUAUGUUCUCAAGGACUCAGUGGUUGCCGUGACUGGAGAUGGUGUCAACGAUUCCCCAGCUCUGAAGAAAGCUGACAUAGGAAUUGCUAUGGGCAUUGCUGGCUCUGACGCAGCGAAGAAUGCAGCUGACAUGGUUUUGCUGGAUGACAAUUUUGCUUCUAUCGUUACUGGAGUGGAGGAAGGUAAGAUGAGGCCUGUGGCUCUGACAAACAGCCUUAAAAGUCAAGCAGCAUAUGUUCGGGGAGAGGUGAAUCACAUGAACGCACAGGUGAUCGGCAGAAUUUGGAUGCUCUUGGCGACAGUUUUUGCAAAUCUAGAGAGGGUUAUGCAUACAAACAUAAACAGAGGCAGCCUCACACCAGUCUUUACACAACACAUGAGACUUGUUCUCUGUUCCCCUCUGGUUCCCAUACCCUCUCAGCCUAUCCCAACUCAUACUGCAAUGUUCAAUCCCAGAAAUGUUCAGAUCGUUGGAAAGCUGUUGCAAGACUGGACCCCUUUUCAUAGCAUUCCCGUAGACCUGUCAGCUCUUCACCACUAUCAAUAUAUGGAACUGGUGUCUUAAGGUGUCCAAAGCUGAAGUCCACCUAAUCUUCACUAUUGUUGUGGCUCCUUUCAAAUGGAAAUCCUAUUUUACCAAUGCCAAUGAUUUAAGUGUUUAAUCUUAAAGCCUGCUCAUUUGCUGUAACUGAUGCCAGGGAAAUGUUCUUGAUAAUCCAUAUUUUAUAGUGGGAGCAGAUAAAUUAAGAAGCUCUGCAUAUCUCAUUUCCUUUAGUAUAUUUUGCAGCACUGCAUGCCACAUUUACCAAAACAUGACAGACUUAUUCCCCUUUCUCUCCUACAGGUCGCUUGAUCUUUGACAAUCUGAAGAAAACCAUUGCCUACACCUUGACCAAGAACAUUGCGGAGCUCUGUCCUUUCCUGAUUUACAUCAUGGCCAGCAUCCCACUACCCAUUGGCACCAUCACCAUCCUUUUUAUUGAUCUUGGCACAGACAUUGUGAGUCCUUAACAUCUGGAGAAAAACAUUCACAGGGUUCAGUUUGUACUGCAGCUUCAUUUGCAUUUUGCAAAACAAGAGGGUUGCCUUUCCUGCGCUCUUUGCUUUGGGGAAGGAAACUGAAGGCUUACCAGAAGUGUUCCUUAAUCCUAAUCAAAGUGUUCCUUAUUUGAUUGUUAGAUUCUCCUGGCAGCAUGCAUUGCUUUUUUGUGCAAUAUUCAGUAAUCAAAAACAAAAGCGAAAAACAUGAAUUCUAGAAUCUUACAGGAUACUGAUUGGGACUUUCUCUCCUACAGAUCCCAUCUGUCUCACUGGCAUAUGAAAAAGCAGAAAGUGAUAUCAUGAAAAGGAAGCCACGACACAAGAAAAGGGAUAGGCUGGUCAACCAGGAGCUUGUCACAUACUCCUACUUGCAGAUUGGUACGAUGGGCAUAUUUGCAAAAGUGGUAAACGGGGAGUGGUUUUGAAUCGGUUUAUGGCUGAUCUCUGAUAUGAUCUCGGAGCAAAUCCAUAAUUUUGUUAACCGAGAGGCAAAAGUCUCCAGGAGAGCUAUUGUGAUAGGCAUCCAGCCAUUAGUUUUUGUCAACUUUUUUAUCUCCUACAAACUCCACUCCCCCCCUCAAACCAUCUUUUUUUCUUCUAGGACUGGUGCAGACCAUUGGGGCCUUUCUGACCUACUUCACAGUUUAUGCUCAGCAGGGCUGGCUACCUCACACACUGCUCCACAUCCGAACCAGCUGGGAAGAUCCAUUCAUAAAUGACUUGGAAGACAGCUAUGGACAGGAAUGGGUAAGGCAACUUCACUGAAGACACCAGUUAGAACUUAGCAGGACUGACACCAAAGGUCACUAUAGUUGGGCAUGCGCCAAGAACCCACACAACCCAACAGGGAGUCCCCUGACAAGAAUCCCCUGGUUGUCUUGCUCCAAUGAUGAGAUAGAUUCUCUAAGGGAAUGAGGCAAUGGGGGUUGUUUUGUGCAAGGGCCCUCCAGAACAUGUAGCUGACACCAAAUACUCUUUAUCUAAUUUAAUUUAAACCAUUUAUAUACCACAUAACUACAAAAAUCUCUAAGUGGUGCAGAAAAAACAAAAUGCAAAAUGGUGAAAGUCAGUUAAAAUUCCAAAACCAGGCUUCAGUUAAAAUGUCUGCUGGAAUAACAAAAUGUAUUCAGUAGGCCCGGAAGUUCAACAGAGCUGUUUGACUUCAACUGGAAGGGAGUUCUAUAAAAUUAGGCCCACAGUUCUGAACACAUGACUUUGUUGCAAUAGGGCAAAUGGAGCCACCUCCUAAUGUAUAUACAUAAAUAGCCUUAGUGUUGCAUGCUAUUUUCUUUCUUUCAUUUUUUAAAAAACCACCUUUAUAAUGUUUAUUAAAACUGCUUUAAAGUAGAUUUAGCAGACCUGCAGAAUUUUUGACUCACAUCCUGGUUUUGCUGUCUGCCUGAACUGCAAAGAAAAAAAAGGGAAGGCUGUCAAGCCUUUUUCUAUCAAGCAUGGCUUGAGGGAUGUGUUCAGCUUGCUGGCUCACAGAUUAUCUAUCACUUACUUAACACAGAUGUCUCUCCCCACCCACCCACACCAAAUUUAAUGUUCUUCUGCAGACAUUUGACCAACGGCAAAUUUUGGAGUACCAUGGCUACACGGCCUUCUUUGUCAGUAUCACUAUUGAGCAAGUGGCAGAUCUGAUCAUCAGGAAGACGCGAAGGAACUCCAUUUUCCAGCAAGGGCUUUUCAGGUAUAACUGGAGUCUCAGAUGAUAGGAUGACUUUGGAACAAAUCUCCACCUCUUUCCUUCACUACUGACCACUGUACUCUUCUUGCGGUAGCCAUUCUGUAGAGCUACGGAUAAAAAGAACCAGUGGUCAGAUUAUCCUUUUGGAAAUAAGGAAGUUGGAAUUUAGGAUAGAUAAGUAAAUGAGAGAAUAAGAUGCAUCUACAUACGUCACCUUCUGUUUUUUUGUGACCAACAACCUCUAAUGGUUUCACUACAUCAAUUUUUUAAAAGUCUUAAUUGAUUUAUUUAGACACACAUGCUCUCAUUUUGGCUCAUUUUGUCUGACACUGAGAAAAGGUAACAGCAGAAUUAGGGGCAGGGGGAUGCUUUUAUUUUUCUUCUUCCAAGAACAUGUUCGCAACACGAAUUGCUACAAAACCAAUAAGAACUGAAGGCAACUCAUGAUGAAACCCAUUAUGGGUACACAAUACCUGUUCAGUGACCUCACAGUGAUAAAGUCAGGAGAGACAAACGUUUGAGCUGAACCUAAUAAGGGGAACAAUUUGGCUUCCUAAACUGAAGAAGUUGGAGAGAAAAUGAUUUUGGUCGUUGCUAAAAUGUAAAUAUCACAAUGGAAAAAUAGAUCCAGUAGCAAGGUUGUAAACAUGGGUGAUCAGAGAAGAUAAACCAGGCAACUCAAUUUCACACAUCAAAGGCCUGGGUUAUUCCUUUGUACACCCAUUUCUAGGACACACACUCCACAUCUGACAUUGCACUUAUGCAUUAAGAUAGUCUGUACUAUUAUAGACAUAGGUGAGGACAAAAAGUAAAAAUCUAUUGUCAUGAAUAAUGACAGGUCAUGUUCAUAGCAUCUAAAACAUUUAAUCGCUGAAUGUAUUUUUUCCCUUCAUAGGAACAAAGUAAUCUGGGUUGGCAUAUUCUCCCAAUUAGGAAUUGCUGCAAUUCUCUGCUAUGGUCUUGGAAGUGUUUAUGCCUUAAACUUUGCACCCCUCCGGUGAGUUCAUUUUCUAUACAGCAAGAUGUGUGUGUGUGUGUGUGUGUGUGUGUGUGUGAGAGAGAGAGAGAGAGAGAGAGAGAGAGAGAUUGAUUUUGGGGCUGUAUUAUUAGGACAAGAACACCAAUCCUACUGUGUUCUUGUUCUAAUAAUAGAGCCCCAAGACUUAUAGUUUGAAGGAUAUCUAUUAAAUAGAGAAUACACCUUUGAUUGUAUCAAAAUUCUAUCUUUAGCGCUCAUGGCUAAAGUGGCUAAAAGAAAUAAGAAGCAAAACCAUGAACUGGGGAUGGGGGUAAAAUUCAUUCAAGGUGCAUAUGUUUGGAAGGUGAUAAUAUAUUUGCUCUGUCCACUGCCCAGCUAGGCUCUCACUAGCAGGGUGGCAGUGAGAGCAGAGGAACACUGUUGCACUCCUCUUUUGCAAGCCCCUAAAAACACACCCCUAUUUGGGGAAGGAAAUAAAUGGGUACCAGCUCCUGAAGUGGAUUAACUACUCCUUGGACUUGAGGCAAAUUAAGGAGCCUGGAAGCCUUAACUGCCCCAGCAUGCCCUGGUUUGGCCCUAGUCAUGAGUUCUGAUAUCAUCAAUAGGCGUGAGGGUUAUGGAAGUUGACAUGGUGGUGGGAAGGAAGGACCCAACCCCGGAUGUCUCCUUCUGAGGCCAGAGCUUUCACUCUAAACUCAGAAAGAGAUCUGUGAUAGCCCUUGUGAACUGAUGGUCUCCUAUAUCCCCUGUUAUGCCCUUCCAGAGACCAUAUGACGGAAGCCUAAGUCAACUGAAUAAAGUCCUAAAUAAGUGUUGAGUCACUCCCUAGUCUUGGGCUCCUUGAAAGACCUAUGCAUGGUUUUUGGUCAUGGUGAGAGUUUUAAUCUUAUGACCAUGGUGCCAUAAGCACUGACCGCAAUACGAGGGACAUAAUGACCACAAAAAGGGUCCAAAAUCCUAGAGCCAUGUCACAAUGUCAAAUGCUGUAGCAGAGAUGUUUCAAUAAACAAGCUGACUGUAUUUUAAAAGCAAUGUCUGAUGCCUAAUACUUUGCUAUCUAGGUUUCAGUAUUGGUUUGUUGCUGUUCCUUUUGCCAUCUUGAUCUGGGUCUACGACGAAUUCCGCAAGCUGUUCAUCAGACGGUAUCCCGGAAGUAAGUAACAUAGUGCUUUAGAAUUUCUACACUCGUUUACUGCAGGUAGCAUCGCAUUUGUCAAAAUAAAAAUAUAAAUUUAUAUAUAUAUGAAAGGCACCAGAGGUCCCCUCUGGUCAGGAAUUCCACUUUGCGGUACAUGAAUCACAAGUUAGAUUCAUGAAUGACUGCAAGACCUCCUUUUACAUUUUAACCAGCAAUGUACAGGUUUGGAAAGAAUUCAUAGAAGAGCAAGAAAGAGGACAUUGGUUGGUGGACUGAUGGAAAUCUAGGAAACCGUACCAUUUUCAAGGACAUUCAAACCAUACUUUUCUAGUUGCCCUCAAUAUAAUUUGGGGUACUGGGCCAGGCAAGGCACUGCAUGCUCUGGAUGCCUUCAUUCUGUGCCCCCCAUAGGAGGAGGAGUGGGAGAAAGGUGGAAAGCUCUCAUGUAUGUGCCUUAUGGAAGCCUUGGAUUCCCCAUGAUCUUUCUCUUCUAGCAUUGGUACCAGGGGUGGAGAACCCCAGGUCAGUGGGCGGAGGCAAAUGUGGCCCUCUGAAUCUCUCUGUCUGGCCCUUGGUGUGCUCCACACACACCCUUCCCAGAACAUGCUGCUCUCCUUGAGCGUCUGUGUUUGUCUGGAAUGUGUCAGAUUCUGAUAAGGCCUUUUUGCUUGUUUGGGUGAAGAACAGAGAGGCAUGAGAAUUGUGUGUGUGCAGAAAGGUAAGGGGAAAAUUCACACGUGUGUUUUUUUCUGUCCUUCCAUUACAGGCUGGUGGGACAAAAACAUGUAUUAUUGA